AUGCUUGUGAUUCCCGGGGGACUCACUAGUCAACUGCAGCCGCUCGACGUGAGUGUCAAUAAGCCGUUUAAGAAUCACGUGCUUACUCCAGCCGGGAGGAUCAAGAGGGCGCCACUCACGGAAGUCUGCAAGUGGGUGGCAUCGGCGUGGGCAGCCUUGCCCCGGGACCUUUUGAUGCACGUUCAAGAAGUGUGGACUGUUUGGAUGAUGAUGUCUCCUACAGCAGUGACGAAGAGUGCGGCAGCACGACAGAGGAAGAGUCUUCUGACGAGAGAGGCAGAACCCGAGACGAGGAGGGAAGAAGGACGACACAACAAGAAUUCUCGAAAACAUGCACCAGCUUCAGUGGUUGGCUGGCAAGAUUCAAGGCCUGGCACAGCAUCAAGGGUUGUAUCCGGCGAAGCCGCAGCGGCAGACAUAGACGGUGCCCAUGACUGGAAGAACGGAAAGCUACAGGAAAUUCUCGGUGGUUAUGCUCCCGAGGACAUAUUCAACAUGGACGAGUCUGCACUAUUUUACAGACUUGGCAUUCAGAGGCGAGGUAGCGAAAAGCUGUCACUCCUAGUCAUCGGAAAGACUGCAAACCCAAGAUGCUUCAAGGGUAGGAAGCUGCCGUCGGGCGUGCUUUAUCGAAGCAAUGCGAAAGCAUGGAUGACUUCGAAAGUCUUUGAAGAGUAUGUGCGACUUUUGGACCGUCGGUUCACGGCGAAGGGAAGGAAGAUAGUCAUAGCGCUGGACAAUGCAUCGUCACAUACCCAGCUGGAGAACUGGACAUCCGUGGAGUUAGCCUUCCUGCCCCCCAACACGACUGCGAUUGUUCAGCCCCUGGACCAAGGGGUGAUUCGCUCCGUGAAGCAGAUCUACAGGAAAAAUAUCAUGCGCAGGAUCUUGCUGGAGAUGGAAAAUGACAAGACCUACGCAACUGAUCUCCUCGGCGCAGUUCAUUUGCUACAGCAUUCGUGGCAGCAGGUGGAACCUUCGACAGUUGAGAACUGCUUCCGACAUGCAGGGUUCAUGGUGUGCACGGACAGUACAGUCCAGGGUGAGAACAGUGAGGAGGACAACGCCGACGACGAAUGUGAAGGCAUUCUUUUGGAGUUGCUGGAGCGCCAGGGUGCUGCAGACAGUGUGCAAUUCCAUGUGUUUCCGGACAUUGAUAACGGAGUGGAAACGUGUCCCGACUGGUCGGACAGUGAGAUUGUCGCCUCUAUGGUAAGUGAGUCGUCGUCCGCCACAAGUGGUGAUACAGACAAUGACGAGGACGACAGAGAAGAGAUUGAAGAUUCGGAAGGCCCGUCAGUUGCAGAAGCUGUGCAGGCAUUGGAAGUUAUGCGACAGUUUGCCGUAAGGAGGGGACUCCUUGAGGAGCUCAGCAGUGGGCUCGGCGCGUUCGGAAAGGUGGUGAUCGACACAAGGCAACCUCGGUGUCAAGCUAAAAUCCUCGACUUUCUUGUGGAAAUCGAAUAA